AUGGAACCCCCUGUCGUUGAUGACACGAUGGAGAUGGCGUCGCCUUACCAGGGGCAUGCCGAUGAUUUUGAUAUCGACCUUGAUGUCAUGGAUGACCAAGCUUCAAACACCGACAAAGAUAUGAUAGGAGCCGAUGAAUAUGAAGCAGCUCCUCAUAAAACAGAAUACGAACAAGACGACCCGAACGAUGCGGAUAUGAUAGAUGAGGUCGCCGAACCGGCCAUGCUUGAUGUGGACGACCAGUACGCAGAGACAAGUUACAGUGUCGAGAUGCAAUACGGCACCGAGAAGAUUUAUGAGGCGGAGAUGCUAGAAGAUGAUUACGUUGAAGACAUUGAUGCCCCUGUUCCAGAAGCCCGUGUUCCAGAAUCUCAAGAAGCCCCCGCAUCCCUUGAGCCUGCAGAUAAUCAAGUAACAUCAGAACACAUCUUAACGAAAAAGAAUGGAAGCGAUGAGGCCACUAGCAGAAAUCACACUGUGGAAGCCCAUUCCGCGAAUGACAUCGAACCCGCACACCCCAAAGAUGACGCACCUAAAGAAGUUUUUUCAGAAGAAGCUCCUACAGUGCACCAUCAUGAAGAUGAAGACAACAUCGCCCAAGAGGCUGAAGUGGACCAGCCCGAGUCUGCGGAUGUGGAUAAUAACGUCGUUGACACUAACCAACCAGAACAAGCAGAUAUACACGAAACUCCCGGUGAUAAUGAUGAUCAUACAGCUGGCGCCUCCAGCCCCGAAGUUCAUGAAGAUGAUGCAGAUGAAAACCAGCAAACAGCGGACAAGGACAAAGAACUGGAACCGGAAGGAAGGAAAACCACAGAGCAUGACACAGAACAUGAUGAGUCUUAUCGGCAGGAGACAGAAUUUGCGGAAGACGACGAGCAAGAGCAGGAUAUCACUAAGGAUUCUUCGUUGUACCCUGUAAGAGUGUACUACCAAGACAAUGAAAUCUCGCUAUUCCCUCCCCAGGAGGGUGACUCCUCCGAGACAUUUUUUCUCGAAGAUGAAAAUCUCGCAUACACACCGUUAGGAGAGCUCUUUCGGUCCUGCCGUCAAGUGCUCCAAGGAAAUGUUGGAGAGAAUGAGGUUCUCGUUAUGGAUGUUGACGCUUUGAACAUUCAGCUAACUGAGGAUUCUUUACAUAUAUCAAAGGUGACUUUGUACCAAAUUGUGGACCUGUAUCUCCAGUUGUGCCACAAUGAUGGAAUUGAUGAACCUGAACCACUUUAUCUAACCCUAACAACAAAACUGACUAUACCUGCGGAGGUGUCUGACCUUCUCCUUGCUGCCAGCGAAGGAAAAGGGUUGUCUGAAAUCCAUUCAUGGGAUGGCUAUCAAGAAGUGGAAGCAGCUUCAGCAGAAAUCUUUGAUGGAGACGAUCAGGAAGCGAACUCCGGUGAGGAACAGCAAGUCAUCUCUGACCAACAAGAGCGUCACCCCUCUGAGUUGCAGGAAGUCCAUGAAAACGAGUCAGAUUUCAACGAGCGGCAAAUUGCGGAGGCCCAACCGGAGGAACAAUAUCCAGAAAAUGACGGUGCAGGUGCUGAUCUAUCGGGUGGUACUACUGAAGAGAUCGGCGUCGAUGAUGAAACUGAAGCUCCUACUCAGCCAGGGUUUGAGAACCCUGAGCUUCACGAUCGUCAGCCACUAAAUGAAGAAUCGUAUGACUCUGAGGAGGAGCAGCAUACAGAAUCGACUGCUACUAUCACUAAUUUCUCAGCAACUGAUUUGACAGAGGAGCAGCUAAACCCUGACGGCUCUACCGAUGUUCCACGUGAUGAUCACCAAGCCUAUGAUAUUCAUGAAGAACAAUACGCACCGGGAAGCACCAACGACGGAGGCUAUCCCGAAGAGGACGACAUUCCGAUCAAUCCCAAUCAGAAUGACGGUACUGAGGAGGUUGAGGGCGAUGCUUCUGAUCAUGGACAUGAUCAUCAUGCAGCUGAGUCAAUCACAGAAGAGCUUCGGGAGGAAUCUUCGAAAGAACUUGAUGAAGACAAUCAGUCCGAGGUUGAGGGCGUUGCGUCUCAAUAUCAGGACGCUGAAAUCGAAGAGACAUUGCAGGGCGAUAAGAGUGAUGCCUUGCCGAAAUUGGGUAACACUGGCUCAGAUGUGUCAGGAAACAAUGUUCAACCCACCCCCGACCUGGCCGAUGACUCAUCAGGCAUCGCCGAGGACAUCAUGAAUAGUCCUAUUCGAAACUCGUCGGCUACGGACAAUGAUAUCGAGGGCGCAGACCUCCCUGAGGAAUUUAAUGAUGCGACUGAGCAUGUCGCCUCAAAUUAUACCAACCAAGAAAUCGAAGAGUUGCCCUUUGACGACGAUGAAGAUUAUCUGGAUCUGGGGAUCGCAGAAGAUCUCGGUGAUGCUGAGGAACUUGACACAAAAUCACCCGGCCUAGCAUCCACUAAACGACACCGCGAGCCGGAAGAUGAGUUCGAGCUGGCCGAGAGUCCUACUCCGGACGCUAAACGUUCCAAAUCAUCAUGA